UGACAAUAUAUUUCAGAUUAUUAUUCAUCUGAAAGUUCGUUAUAGCUGUCACCGCAAAACCCGACUCCGCCGGCGGACGCCGACCUUUCAGCUCUUAUCCAUGAACAUUUUGGAAAUAAUUCAGAUGAAAAAGAAGGAACCAAAUGAUCCGCCGCCGGCGCCGGUUCACUGGGUCGAGACCUCCGAUUCUGUGGCCCGCCACUUUCAGUUCGAGCCCGACGGCCAACUCUCCGUGACAAUAGUUAAUGACACAAGACCUACUUCCCAAAAGAUGGUCGAGUCCUUUCUCAACAAGUUCUUUCCAUCAGGUUAUCCUUAUAGUGUGAACGAGGGAUAUCUCAGAUACACUCAAUUCCGAGCCUUGCAGCACUUCUCCAGUGCAACGCUAUCUGUAUUAUCAACUCAGUCACUUCUAUUUGCUGCAGGCUUGCGGCCCACACCGGCACAGGCUACUGCAGUUAGCUGGAUAUUAAAAGAUGGCAUGCAGCAUGUUGGAAAACUCAUAUGUAGCAAUUUGGGUGCAAGAAUGGACUCGGAACCUAAGAGUUGGAGGGUUUUGGCUGAUGUUCUUUACGACUUUGGUACCGGUUUGGAAAUAAUUUCUCCUUUAUGCCCACACUUGUUUCUUGAGAUGGCUGGUCUUGGCAAUUUUGCUAAGGGUAUGGCAGUUGUUGCAGCAAGAGCAACAAGGCUGCCCAUAUAUUCUGCCUUUGCCAAAGAAGGAAACCUGAGCGACCUUUUUGCAAAAGGAGAAGCAAUUUCUACUCUGUUUAAUGUUCUUGGAAUAGGAGCUGGGAUUCAGUUAGCGUCUACUGUUUGUUCAUCUACUCAGGGGAAGCUUGUGGUUGGACCUUUAUUGUCCUUGGUGCAUAUUUAUUGUGUGAGGGAGGAAAUGCGUGCAACUCCCGUCAACACUCUAAAUCCACAACGAACUGCACUGAUUGUUGCAGAAUUUUGUAAGAGUGGUCAGAUAUCUAGCCCUGCCGAUUUACGAUAUCAAGAAGACCUCUUAUUCCCCGGACGCCUAAUAGAAGAAGGCGGGCGCGUAAAAGUGGGAAGGCCUCUAAGCAAAGUUUUUAAGCCGUCCGAGCUAAACAAAGUCAAAGAAAAUUUUCCCGGCGAAAAAUUUAUUCUAAAGCGCGGGAAAAAAUGGACAGACAUGAUACUCGAGCGCAAUGCAACCGGUGAGGAUGCUUUGAGGGGGUGGUUAGUAGCUGCAUAUGCUGCCGAGACUGAAAAUUCUUUUAAAGAAAACCGUGAAAGUUGCUUGCAAGAGGCUUAUGAGAGGAUGAGUGAAAUGUUUUCGCCCUUUAUUUCCAAGCUUCAGGCCAAAGGUUGGCAUACAGAUCGAUUUCUGGAUGGAACGGGUUGCAGGUUUGCUUUGUAGUUAAGUGGGAAAUUUGAGUUCUUUCUCCCGUGUUGUGAAAGGUAAAGCUUUUCUUGUGGUAAGUUUUUCAGUUUUUUUUUUUGGGUAGACAGAUUUUGAGUAGGCUCUUCCCUAGUUAGAAAUUGCACGGUGUAAUUAUAUAACAAUCAACAGAUUUAUAAGUACAAAAUAUUAUGGAGGAGAUGAAUGUGAGAGAAACGGAUAUAUUUAUAUGUUAGAAAAUAAAAAUUGUUGUACAAAGUUUGGGCUUGGGCUUGAACUUCUUCGGCAGAUAAAUCGGAAGGGCCGCAACCAGCUAAAACUAGCUAUGUCUAUUUGUUUAAACUUGUAGCCGA